AUGGUGCGUUGUAGAGAUUCAAUAAGCAAUUUGCCUGAUGAGAUUCUGGGCAAAAUCCUGUCUUUAGUUCCGACAAAAGUGGGUGCUUCCACAUCGAUUCUGUCCAAGAGGUGGAGGAAUCUGUUGGGUCUUGUAGACGAGCUUAGUUUUGAUGACGAUGUGAAAUUUUCGUACCCCAGCGAAGAAGAAGCGACGAGAGGGUACGUGGACAAAACAUGUGCUCUGAUAAGCAAUAUCCCCAUGAUCAAGAAACUCUCUCUGUGUCAUGUACCUGAGACAAGUUUGGAGGGUAACGAAUCUGAGUGGACGUACAAUUGUGUCAACCGUUGGGUUCGGACUGCAAUGGAAUCCGGUGUGUUGGAGCUACACCUACACCUGGAAGCUGUCCUCUCUUCUGGUAUUUGUAUCAAGUCAAAGCUGUUGAGGAGCAACACACUGGUGAAGGUGAAGCUCACACUAACCGUUUCGUUUGAGUAUGACCAAUACUGUUGGCUCAUCGAUGGCUGCCUUGCCCUGGAAGAGUUGUUCAUAACCGAUGCUGAUCAUUGGUAUCCGCCGUGCUGUGGUGCCGGCGUGCAAAGUGCUUCCCUCAAGCGACUUGUGGUUCUUGUCAAUCUUCCGGAUUCUAAAGAGGAACACGACUGCAUUCUUGUUAGUGUGUUGCUCAUUACGAAGUUGGUCUCCGGUUUCAGGGACUUGUGCACAGAGUAA